AUGUUUUCAGAUUCUCAGUUUGACGAGUCAGAAUGCACCGAACUGGAGAGUGAUGAAGAGAUAGAAUCAGAACCAGAAGAAGACGUGGAAGAAUGGGUAGAAUCGGUGGGCUACAUUCGACGGUGUGCACUGCUGUGUGGCCUGCCUGCCGAUCUGUGGGAUGCGUCUCAUGACGAGAAGAUUGCCACUUUCCUGAAAGACGAGACCCGCCCCAUGAUCACAUUCUUCGUGGAGACGGACCAGGAGCACCACAAGAUUUUAACGGCUCUGUUCGGCGCGCCGAUCCAACAGGUGGAUGAGGUGAUAUACUUCCUGAAGCGACCCAGCGCGCCACCUGUCUUAAGCGACCUUAACUACCGGGGCAAGGUGGCAUGGGGUAACAUGAAGGCUCCCUUUCUGGAGUCGCUGCUGAUUCCGGAUGUCCUCCCUGUACAUGCCGUACUUCUUGGAUGA